GCUUAACAAAGCCUACCAACAUUGAUAUAAUGAAAGUCUUUGUUUUAAUGUUGUUUUUACUUGUAAACAAUAACAUUUCCUGGUGUCUUCCCUGAAGGUCAAAGUUCAGAGGGAAUAAACACAGCAGCUAAUGGUCGGGUUAGCUAACACAGUGUAGAUAGUACUGUAGUGUUGGAGGGAUACAUUACAUUCAUUGACCGGAAGUAAUAGGGAGUAAAUUGAGUUUGCUGGAAUGUACUCCAGGUGAUGUUGUGUGUGUAUUUAGUGACCAGACUCUGAAUGACAGGAUUAUCAGUGAUCAUACUGGCGGCCUGGAUGAACAAACAAAUUUGAUGAUCCACCUCUUAAGAUUGAAAGCGUUGUGGUGUUAAGGAAUUCAUUUUAUGUAGAGGAAAAAACCCAUUGUUUUUUGAUGAUGAAUAUUUAAUGAGGAAUUUAAAAUGAAAUUAACUACUGUGAUUGGAUGUCAUAUGUGUAUUUUCGUCAGAUUUUAGCGUGGUUUGUGUCCACAUCUGUGAAAUCAGUUAUUGAUUUGAAUAUUUAUAUCUUAUUUUACCUCAAAUUUAUUUUAAUGUGUUAUUUCUGAAAGUGCUGAAUUCAGUGAAUAUUAGACAUUCUUAUAUAGAUUAAUUAAUAAACAGCUAAUUUAUAUGAUAAUGGAGAAAUCAUUCAGGCUGUUGAGAUAGCUAGUCUACACAAUGGUGAUAAUAGAAAGCAAUUAAUCUAGCUCAGCAUUGAUUCAAUUUCGCAUAAUCUGAGUUUACAAAUAUGCCAUUGGGAAAAAAAUGGCGAUCGAUGGACGUUCUUCAUUUCGGCUCUUCUAAGCAAGAUAAAGAGGCCUUAAAAAAAGAUGAUGGACUCAUAGGAUCAGGGGAACACCUGUCCCGAACCUGUAAUGCUCAUGUUAAGGGUGGGUCCAGAGACGAUCUGAUCAAUGAAGAUCCUCCGGUUAUACUGAGAAAGAAGCAUAGUUCUAAGCAUCGGUUUAGCUCAAGGGAGGACCUCUUAGAUAAACCUGCAUCCCCCAAACUGCGACAAAGCCUGCAUGUCCCGUGGCAUAGGGCUAAGUCCAGCUCCAGGGAUGAUCUGAUAACUAAUGAAUGUAGGAAAGACGUGAAUGACAGGCACUCUAGCAGUGUGAAAGGGGAACAACAUGGCACUCAGGAGGAAACCAAGGAAGGUUACAUACAGAGGUGUGUAAUCAUACAGAGAGAUGAGAAGGGCUAUGGUCUGACAGUCAGGGGAGACAACCCAGUCUAUGUGGAGUCUGUUAAAACAGAUGGGGCUGCAGAGAGGGCUGGAGUGAGGCAGGGUGAUCGGAUUUGCAAGGUGAAUGGGACACUGGUCACAAACUCAAACCACUUAGAAGUUGUGAAACUUAUUAAAGCUGGAUCCUUUGUAGCACUCACACUUAUGAACAAAGCGCCUGAAAAAGUCACCAAACCCAUUCCAGUCGAUUCAAGAAAGAGCGCAGAACUACAGGCUUCCAAACUUUCUGAGAUCAAGAAGUAUUAUGACAAUGCCACAGAGGAAUUACAGAGAACAAGAACACAGCUACAGAAUAACCCAGCAGAUGACAAACUAGCUUCCAAGGUCAAGGAGCAAGAAGUUCUCGUUAAAAAACUUGAAGAUCAAUUAAAGGUUCUUAGUUCUACCUUAAACUCUAGUCAAAAUAAUGCACAAGCGGCAGAAGAAAGUAGUCCAGACAUUGGAAACGGGGACGGAUCAGUCACUCCGUGGCUGCCUGAUGGUCCAAAACAUAAAAAGUCAGGGUCUACCCCAAUUGACUUUACACCAGACACUAGGGAAUUAAGGGCUAUUUCUCGCUCUAUGUCUGAUGCUAGCAGUCGAGUUAUGUUUCGGAAGCCUGCUCCAGUACAGAAACGACAACCAGGGGACAUAAGUCCAGAGGGAACAACCGGUCCAGUUUCUGAUGGUAGCAGUGUGUCCGAUUCCCCUAACACCUCCCCUCCUCCUUCUCCCACCCCAACCCACCCCAACAACUUAGAAGACACACAAUCCGUCCACAAGAAAGACCUGGAGUAUGAUGAAGUAAGUCAGACAAGUCAGGCUUCUAUUGGUCAACAACAGAUGCCAAUCAUUGCAGCAGAGGAGGACGAAUUCAACUCAGAUGAAGAUAUGCAAAACAAGGUACCAGUCAAUGGGAGAUCAUCAUCGUUAACAACUGCCUAUUUAAAUGCCAGAUCUCAAGCCGAGCUGGAUGACUGUGGGCCUUUCAGUAGUCUACAUCAGCUGGAGACUAAGCCAGCCCACAUGUCUGUCUUCCUGAACUUUGUCCUCCAGAAUGAGUCCCCCUCAGCUCUGUUAUUUUAUAUAACCACAAAUGUGUACCAACAAGCCAAAGGGGGUAUCAAGGAAUUACAGAAGUGGGCAUUCGAGAUUUUCUCUACAUUUCUGGCAAAUGGAGCACCCCUAAAGGUUAAUGUGGACCAGGGCCUCGUGGAGAGAAUUAAUGAGACAUUCAAUAGUAAGUCUUCCGAGAAAGAGGACAUAUUAAGGACGGUGUUUAAUGGAGCUCGUAACUUUGUUCAAACAGAGAUCUCCAACAGCCUUCAGGGAUUCUGCAGUAAAUUAGGCUUAGGUUUUGGCACUAUGUAUGGUUUACAGCUAAUAACUGGUAUAUCCAAUAUGAGGCAGAAAGAAGAAGCAGAAGUUGCAUUACAGAUACUGUCUUCUUACAUUGACAAAGUCCCACAAUCUGAUGAGGAGAGUAAGCCUGACCAGAGUCAUGCCAUUGCCUGGGCUGUAGCAACAUUCCUCAGACACAAUGGGAUCAUGGACAAAAAGCACUCCUCCAUGGAGAGGGUGCAGAGCUUUAUGGCCAAAGAUAAAAAGAAACCUCUGAUUCAGAGGAAGAGGACCCAGAAGGGACACAGUUUCCAGCCUCAGCAUUUUUCUCGGGUUGAGAACUGUAUACACUGUAGAGAGCUGAUAUGGGGUGUGGGAAUCCAGGGCUACCAGUGCUCUAACUGUGAGCAGUGGAUACACAAAUAUUGUUUAGACAGUCUGGAGGAUCAGUGUCCUAAGAAAAAGCGUCCACGUCCUCAUUCAUCUGUGUUCAAUAUUCCAAGACCACAAGCAGACAGACAUUCCAGUUCUAGUAUAGAACAAAUGCUAAGUCGAUCAGUUUUCCAUGUGCCAUUGGCUUUGACAGUCCCCUCAACCUCAGAGGCUCCCAGUCCGAGUCCAGCCAAUCCCACAACGUUUAACAUACAGCCCUUUAAGGAUGAGCGAGAGGAAGAUAAAGUAACACCAAUGCAUUCAGUAAAUUCCUUGAUUAAAAGAUAUGACAAUGGAAACCCUGAUGCACCGAGUGACCGUAAGAAGAGUCCUAGUGUCGAGGACAUGGCCAAUAAGAAAUCAACUGAGAUCAGUAGAUCUGAAAGUUUAAAGGGUCGGCAAGACCAGAAAGGCAGAAUUAAACAACGUCGCGUUAAAAGUGAUGUGGAAAUUGAUGAUAAUAUGAUGAGGACCAUUACAGGCAAUUCUCCAAGUUCUUCCUCCUCAAGUAUAAGGAGUGGGGAGAGUCCCAGCAGUUCUAUGGAUGCUGUAAACAAUAUUCCUCAUACCAUAGAGAAUGACUCAGAUUUCGAAGUUGAAAAUGAAUUACCUCCCUUAGAAUCUAUUUAUCCCAGAGAUGUUUACAAGAAGUUGCGACCAAAAGAUAGGAAGAGAUUAGAAGUAAUAAAUGAAUUAUUUUACACAGAGAGAACACACUGUCGAAACUUGAAGAUAUUACAGAACUUAUUUUAUAAACCUAUGUCCCAGGACCCUAAUAUAUCCCAGGAUUUGAUUAAUACACUAUUUCCUAACCUAGAAGAAAUGAUAGCACUACACGGUCUAAUGAACAGUGCAAUGAAAGAGAGGAAGAAACAGAGUUCUGUGGUAACAGAGGUUGGGGAUAUAUUACUGGCUCGGUUUGAUACUGAGGGAGAAGCAUUCCGUAAUGGCUGUGCCAAAUUUUGUCAGAACCAGCAAUAUGCUUUAGAUUUGUUAAGGGCAAAACAGAGAAAAGAUUCGAAACUGUCCAACUUCCUUAUGGAGGCAGAAAGUAGUCCCUUGAUGCGCCGGCUUCAGUUACGAGACUUAAUUCCUACACAGAUGAUGCGUCUCACCAAAUAUCCACUAUUAAUAGAAAAUCUUAUGAAAUAUACUCAAACUUCAACUGAGGAGUAUUCUCGGCUGGAACGAGCCCUUAAGUUGAGUAAACAAAUUCUGGCAUAUGUCAAUCAAGCAGUGAAAGACUGUGAGAACAGUUACAAACUCAAAAUGUUACAGCGUAAAAUUGACAAGAAACAGCUGGAUCAUGCUGAAUUUAAGGAGCUGGAUCUCAGUAAACAUAAGCUGAUGUUGGACGGAGCCUUGACGUGGAACAUCAACCAGAGGAAGUCGGUGGACUGCCAUGUUGUGUUGUUAGAGGACUUAUUAGUGCUAUUUCAGAAACAGGAUGAUAAACUGGUUCUUAAACAACAGUCUACUCAACUGGUGGCCGGUAAAGAAGAUAGUCGAUAUCAGUUUAGUCCUCUCCUCAGAUUAGAGAAUGUACUCCACACCAACAGCAAAGCCACUGACAAGAAGGCAUUCUUCGUUGUAUCAAAAACCCAGAUUUAUGAACUCUCUGCAACAUCAACUGAAGAGCAGAAAAAGUGGAUAAGACAUAUCAAAGAAGCAGCUGAAACUUUCAAAAAGAGGAAAGAUAAGGCCCAGGAACCAGCACAGGUGCAUGAACUGGCUGUGGAGCCUCCUCAAAUCAUCAGAAGGCCCAGUGCAGAGAGACAGGAGGAAGAUUUGGAGGAGGAGCUUAUUCAGCCUGAUGAAAUCACUGUACAGAAUCCGUUAACUCAGAAAGCUGAGCCAGUCCUGACCCCGCUAGAGAAGAUCCGACGCCUCGAUGAGACACUGCAGGAGCACCUCCAGGAGAAGACAGUUCUGGUGGCCGAGGUCCUCAAUAUCCCCACAGCCGAGGUCCCACAGAGGCUCCAGAUGGUGGAGGAGAUGCCAGAGAAUGCUAAUACCAGUGAUAACCUACUCGCCCUAAGUCGAGAGACCCAGAAUUGUUUGGUUUUGUUAAACAAUGCUGAAUCUGGACUAGCGGAGGAGGACCUAAAAAUGCCAAUACCAAUGGAGAAACUUCGAGAAAUGGCCAACAGAAUGAACCAAAUUCUUACCAAUCUACUGGAAAAAACCAGACAGUAUGCAGCGCUUAAUUCGGGGCACACCCCCACAACCUCCUCAGCAGUGGUGAACAGCCGGGAUGAAGAACGGGAACGACUUCGGUUGGAACUUAAAGCGGCUCAGGAAGAACUGAACAUGCUACGAGAGAUACAGAGGCGAGUGUCUGGCUCCAAUACUGCAGCCCUCGCCCCAGUCCAGGGCCGACCUCAGAGUUUUAUUUCAGAUGCUUCGUCUUACUCAGAUAAUGAGGUUGUAGCCAAUACAGAGGAUGAGGACAUGCCAGAUGUUCACUCAGACCAUAAUGAAGUAGAUGUGGAUACAGGGGAUGUACCUGAUGAUCUUGAUGUGGAUCCAGAGACUGCUGAAUCUGAGGUCUCCCAUCCCACCAACCUGCCAAAGGAAAUCACAGACAUUGACGUGCAGUCUCUGACAGAGAUUGAGCCUCCAUUGGAGGAGUUUAUGGAAGAACCAGAACCUCUUAGUGUGCCUGAGGACAUUCUCACGGGAGGUGAGGAUACAGAGAAGGUUACGGCAGAAAGUGGUGUCCAGAAAGCCGAGAUCAAUCUGAUAGAGGAGUUCAGUGAGGAGGUAACUGAAUUCCCGUCCAAUCAGAAGGACGUCGUUCAUUCCGAGGAGAGUGAGGAAACCGAGUGCAAGGACACAACAAAGGAGGAGCAAAGUGCUGCUGAUGUUCCUCCUACAGAAAAUUCAUGUGAGGACCCAGGAGGGCUUUCAGAAGAAAUUAAGACAAGUGUCGAUGAGGAAAGACGAUUCAGUAAUGAUGAUUAUGAAGACGCAUUGGAAACACAAUCAGAAAUCAGGGAGAGCAGUGAGGAGAGGACUAAUGAGAAAUUACAGGAAGAAAUAACGGACCAAGAGAAAACAGACGUCGGAAAAGAGGGGGCUGAAUCCGACCCAGAAACUGCUGACAAAGAAACAAAUGGUGUGUCCGAGAACAGUGAAAAAAGCCAAAUCAUCGAGGACAAACUGAGUGAAAAAUCAGAAGAGAAAAUUCUGGACAAUGAAGACAAUGAAAAUAAUUUAGAAUCUACAAAUACAACAGACAAUAGGGAAGAUAGUGGUUCUCCUGUAUAGCCUUAAUCUACUUCUGUCUCACUCUGUGAUAAAGUGCUACAUUCUAACAUGGAUGUGAAUUAGACUCCUUCUCAGUUAUGUCCCUUGUUAGGAGGGAGACCGCUGUGAACUCAUUCCUCUGUACAGUCUGUAUUAGACGGAGAAGAUAUUGUAUUGGAAACUAGUUUAUAUAAGGAAUUAACAAGAUACAAGAGAUUGAUGCCUGUAGUAACGAGUAUAUUAUAUAUAAAUAUAUAUAAAUAUAUGUACUUUUUUGUUAGAAGGAAGAUGUCACAUAUUUAUUUAUGUUAUGGUUGUCUCUAACGUUACUAAAUAUAGGAUAAAUGUUUACAGUUUGUACAUGUGCUAUGCCCUCAUAGUCAAAACCCCAAUAAGUUAUGUCAGUGUCUACAUUUGUUACAUAUGCAAAUGUCAAAAGCUAGCCUUCAUGAAUAUUCUGGAAGCUCAUUACCUCAUUUUUCACUUUCAUUUCAUGGCUGUGAACAUUUAUUUUAGGCAUCGGUUUAUAUCAUUAUUCAUUCUGUAAAGGCCCAAGUUUGAAACUUGGUGCAAAUUCUAGGGUGCAAUACAUUUAUUUUAGUUCUAUUUCAAAGCUUUUUAUAUAAUGUAUGGAUGACUACCUAUGGUUUUUUUUUUGUGCUUGAAUGAAAGAGUGCUCAAGACUGGCAUAUCAGGUCUUAUUUUGUAUCAGUGAACAUUUUUCAUACCUGUGCCACAGAAUCCUUGGUAAAACUGCCUAGAAAAUCAAACUGAAAAAAAAAAUCACUGCUGUUAAAAUAAUGAUCUGUAUCAGAAGUUUAUGUAACAAGUCAGUUUUUCACAAAAGCUGAACUGCAUUUUUCAGCUGCUAAUUUCAUACUGUUCAUUUGAUACAAAAUCUGAGUGCCAUGCUAAAGCUUUAGCUCGUUUCACUUCGGUCAUGUGACUUCUUGGAUAUCUGGUAAGUCACAUGAUAUCAACUGUAUUUAAUGCAAUCAUUAAAAUGCACAGAUAAUUACUGUAAACUUUGGGGUCAAGCAUAAGCCAAGAUUUAUGUUGAGAAAUUUAUAAUAAUGACUCCAGAAAUAAUAAAAUCUUAAAAACC